UGCCUGGCAGUGCUUCACUUAGUUUGCCUCCCAGUUGCCCAGAGGGACUGUUGGGUCUCAGCACCUCCAUCAAGCCCACAAGCCAACCAUCCACCCCAUCAUCAUGAGCAAGUCCUACUCCUCGUCUGCCCAGACGGCCUCCUCGUACCGCCGCACCUUCGGCUCUGGAGUCGGCUCUUCCCCGAUGUCUUCCCUCUUCUCCUCCCAUGGAGGAGGCCGUAGCUCCUCCGCUCAUUCAUCCACCAGAGUCUACGAGGUCAAGAGCUCCGGCUUCCCCUCUUUCUCCAGCUACAGGGUCUCCUCUGGGGCUGGGGGCGCAGGCUUCGGCUCCUCCGCCGCGAUGCGCACCUACUCUGGCGAGAAGCUUGACUUCAACCUGGCGGACGCCAUGAACCAAGACUUCCUCAACACAAGGACCAACGAGAAGGCCGAGCUCCAGCACCUCAACGACCGCUUCGCCAGCUACAUCGAGAAGGUGCGCUUCCUGGAGCAGCAGAACGCGGCCCUCACCGUGGAGAUCGAGAAGCUGCGGGGCCGCGAGGGGCCCGGCCGCGUGGCCGAGAUGUAUGAAGAAGAAAUGAGGGAGCUGAGGAAGCAGAUCGAGGGCCUCUCCAACCAGCGCGCCAGAGUGGAGGUGGAGAGAGACAACCUGGCUGAUGACCUGCAGAAACUGAAGCUCAGACUGCAAGAAGAGAUUCACCAGAAGGAGGAAGCUGAGAACAACCUGUCUGCUUUCAGAGCCGAUGUAGACAAUGCAACUCUGGCCAGGCUGGACCUGGAGAGACGCAUUGAGAGUCUGCAGGAGGAGAUCGCUUUCCUCAAGAAGAUCCAUGAGGAGGAGAUCCGUGAGCUGCAGAACCAGAUGCAGGACACUCAGGUGCAGAUCCAGAUGGACAUGUCCAAACCUGACCUGACCGCCGCUCUGAGAGACAUCCGCAUGCAGUACGAGGCCAUCGCCGCCAAGAACAUCUCAGAGGCCGAGGACUGGUACAAGUCUAAGGUGUCUGACCUGAACCAGGCGGUGAAUAAGAACAACGACGCUCUGCGUACGGCCAAGCAGGAGAGCAUGGAGUACAGACACCAGAUCCAGUCCUACACCUGUGAAAUCGACUCACUCAAGGGCACCAACGAGUCUCUGCUGCGCCAGAUGAGAGAUAUGGAGGAUCGCAUGGGCCGCGAGGCAUCUGGUUACCAGGAUACCAUUGCACGAUUGGAAGAAGAUAUCGCCAAGAUGAAGGACGACAUGGCCCGCCACCUGAGGGAAUACCAGGACCUCCUCAAUGUCAAGAUGGCCCUUGAUAUUGAAAUUGCAACCUACCGCAAGCUGCUGGAGGGAGAGGAGAGCAGGAUCACUACAGCCAUGCCUGUCCAGACUGCGUAUUCCUCCAUCGGAUUCAGAGAGACCAGUCCUGAAUCCCAGCAUCCACGCUCAUCAGAGGUUCACUCCAAGAAAACCGUUCUCAUCAAGACCAUCGAGACCCGCGAUGGAGAGGUCGUCAGUGAGUCCACACAGCACCAGCAGGACAUCAUGUAAACAAGAGGAACCAAAGUUU